AUGCCAAGGGUUCACGCAGCCUGCCCUGAAAGAUACUUCUCCUGCUACAUGCUUUUCCAGUUCCUGUAUAUUAGAUCGAUCCCAGUACAGACUCUGAAACGGCUGAUUCCUGAUGAGUUGGAACGGUUUACGAGUAUGAGGAUGAAGAAGGACAAGGAAAAGCCUGGUCAAAUGCCGAGCCAACGUCAUUCCUCUACCGCCAGCUAUGAGCCCACCUCCCAGAGCCCCAUGCUGCAUGACCACCCAGACGAGUAUGUGCUGGAGCUCUUUGAACAGAUGCUGGUGGAUAUGAACCUGAAUGAGGAGAAGCAGCAGCCGCUGAGACAAAAGGACAUCGUGAUUAAACGUGAAAUGGUUUCCCAAUACUUGCACACAUCCAAAGCUGGUCAAAACCAGAAGGAAAGCUCCAAAUCUGCUGUGAUCUACAUCCAUGAGCUGCAGGAAGACUACCGUGAUCCCCAGCUGCUGUUGAGUUGUCUAGAGUCACUCAGAGUGUCCCUCAAUAACAACCCUGUCAGUUGGGUACAAAACUUUGGAGAUCACGGUUUGACACUGUUACUAACGCGUCUUAAAAGACUCCAAGAAGAGAGAGACGAGUAUCCAAUGAGGAUGGCGAUCAAAUGUCAGCAUGAGAUAAUUCGAUGUCUGAAGGCUUUUAUGAAUAAUAAGUAUGGUUUGAAGUCUAUGCUGGAAUCUGGUGAUGGCAUCCCUCUGCUGGUCAGAGCUAUUAACCCUACAGUGCCUCAUAUGAUGGUUGAUGCUGUCAAGCUGCUUUCUGCCAUUUCCAUUCUGGAACACCCAGAUAAUCUUCAAGAGCGAGUUCUGGAGGCCUUAACUGAGGAGGCAGAGAAAAGGGACAUUGAGCGUUUUCAGCCUUUGUUGUCUGGAAUGAACAAUCACAAUAUUGCGCUUAAGGGUGGCUGUAUGCAACUGAUCAAUGCUUUGAUUAGUCGAGGAGAAGAGUUGGACUUCAGGAUCCACAUUCGUUCAGAACUGCUUAGAUUGGGACUCCGAGAUCAGCUGAGGGAGAUACGGACCAUUGAAAACGAGGAGCUUAGAGUACAGCUCUCUGUGUUUGACGAACAAGCUGAGGAUGAUUCUGAAGACCUCAGAGCACGCCUAGAUGACAUCCGCAUCGAGAUGGAAUAUCCUUUUUGA